CAUGUCAGUUGUGCGCAAGGCAAUGCGAUUUCAGUGGCAGCCCAAUAUGAAAUUCCAGAAGGGUUUUGAAACAGAAGACUCAAGAGGAAUAAUGUGGUUUAGAGGUACUGUGUCCUCCUAUUUCUCGAUGAGACGUUGGAAUUCUGUCAAGGUGACAUGGGAUGACCCCGUUCGGGAAGAAGAAUGUGUAAACCCAUGGGAGAUAGAACCUAUACUAUUUUCCAAAAAUCUGCCAACUUUCCCACCCAAAGGGCCACAAGUACAACAAGGUCCUGAGAGUAAAAAAUCUCGCCAAACAAAAUCGUUAGGACGAAAUUUUCCAGGUCAAACAUCCACAUGCCAAGAAGAAUACCAAAGGGAGGAAGAAAAUCCCCAAGAAGCCGAUGGUCUUGAUGUGGUGGUCGAUCCAGAAACUGCUGUGCUGAUCCUUGAUUCAGAGCAAGUGGAAGAAGUAAGACGUGAAGACGUGGUUUGUGUGAAAAAGAAAAGUGCAACUUUAGCUGUGUCAUUGUUCACACUAAAUGCCUCUCAAAUUUGCUUGAUCUUCAUGCUCUCACAGUUAAAGAUAAGGAGUAUACAGAAGAUGUUAGUGGUAGCAUAGGCCUAAUGGGGUUGGUUUCACAAGCUGUUCAUAAUGGUGAUCGGCAUGUUAUUGGAGUGAUUCCCAAGACGCUCAUGCCUCUAGUGUUAACCGGAGAAACAGUAUGGGAAGUGAAGGCUGUUGCAGAUAUGCAUAAAUGGAAAGCAGAGAUGGCUAAGCAUUCUGAUGCUUUUAUUGCCUUACUAGGUGGUUAUGGGACUCUGGAAGAGCUACUUCAAGUGAUAACAUGGGCUAAACUUGGCAUACACGAUAAACCUGUCAGGUUGCUGAAUGUAGAUGGAUACUACAAUUCACUGCUAUCAGUUAUCGACAAAGCUGUGAAAGAGGGUUUCAUUAGUCCAAGUGCACGACAUAUCAGUCUCUCUGCACCAACUGCAAAAGAGUUAGUGAAAAAAUUGGAGGAGUAUGUUCCUCGCCACGAACGAGUUGCUUCAAAGUUGAGCUGGGAGAUGGAGCAACUUGGCUACCCUCAACAAUAUGAUUAACUCUAGGUGACAUGGUGGUUUGACACAGAAAAGAAGCUAACUUGGAAAAUUUGAUGCUUUAAAUCUGAGGGGAAUUCUUUUUGUAAAUCUCACUAAAACUCUCUCUACACACACACACACACACACACCCAUAUAUAUUGCCAUGAGUUCUGUGAAUUCACUAAACUCAUUUCAGUUUUAGCUUCAACAAGUUCAUCUUCAAUUGAAUCUAUCAUUUCAGUUUUUCACACAUUUGCAACAUUAUUACCUCUGAAUCAUUUAGAAAUCUGUGAAAUCGUUAAGAAAGUUGUGGAAUCGUUCUGAAAUUUUUAAAAUGAUUCAGAAAUCAUGAAUAAUACAGUAUGUGUAAACAUAUUACCAAAUUGCUGUUGCUUGCUAUUGUGUCCAUUAAUUCUCUGUCCACCUUAUUUUCUGUGUUGUAAUUGUGUGUUUGAU